AUGGAAAGCUGUAGAGUUGGGCUAAAAGUGGUGUUGAUUUAUGUAUUUGCUGUUUUAUGCAAUGGAGAAGAUCGCCACACAUACUUAGUUCUAAUGGAAGGAGACCCCGUUGCAUUUCAUCAGCAAGGAAAGCCUCAUCCCAACAGCGAAGCAUCAAAGGCCAUGCAUGCAAAGCAUUUGAUCAACUCUCACGACGAGUUUUUACAGAAGGCUCUUGAUGUUGGAAGCUACACCAAGCUUUACAGCUUCAAACACAUUGUUAAUGGCUUCGCUGUCCAUACUACCCCAACUCAGGUUGACAGAAUAAAGAAUGCCAGUGGAGUGAAGUUAGUAGAGAAGGAUAGAAGAGUGAAACAAAUGACAACUUACACACCUGAGUUUUUAGGUUUGCCGUCAGUUUGGACGCAAGAAGGCGGGGACAGAAAUGCUGGUGAAGGCGUGGUGAUCGGUGUUAUUGAUUCAGGAAUAAACCCUAUUCAUCCCAGCUUUGCUCCUGAUCAUGAUCCAACUGAUCCUUACACGUCGAAACCUCCUCAUUUUUCGGGGAUCUGUCAGGGCGGACCUUUGUUUCCUGAGACUUCUUGCAAUGGCAAGAUAGUUUCUGCUAGGUUCUUCUCAGCUGGGGCUGAAGCUACUGGCAAACUUAAUUCUUCUGCGGAUUUUCACUCCCCUUAUGAUGCCGUAGGUCAUGGGAGUCAUGUAGCUUCCAUUGCUGCUGGAAACCAUGGAGUUCCUGUUGUUGUAGAUGGAUUUUAUUAUGGAAGAGCCAGUGGAAUGGCACCGCGUGCGAGGAUUGCAGUGUACAAAGCUAUUUAUCCAAGUAUCGGGGCUUUAUCAGAUGUAUUGGCUGCAAUUGACCAAGCUGUGUUGGAUGGAGUGGACAUCAUAACGCUUUCCAUAGGACCGGAUGAGCCACCCGCGGACACUGUCACAUUUUUAGGCAUGUAUGACAUCUUCAUGCUAGCAGCCAAUAAGGCUGGCAAAUUUGUAGUACAAGCUGUGGGUAAUACAGGCCCCGGUCCGUAUACUGUGGUGUCAUAUAGCCCUUGGGCUUUUGGAGUUGCUGCUUCUGAAACUGACAGGAAUUACCCUGGCACCCUCAUUUUAGGUAAUGGUCAAAAGAUUAGUGGUGUGGGAUUAUCAGGUCCAAGUUUCGGGCAAGGCUUACUUCAACAUAAACUGGUCCUAGCCAAAGAUGCAGUGAGAGCAGAUGGAGACUUUCCUAAAACAUCAGAAUAUUUAGAAGAAUGCCAACAUCCUGAGGCACUGGUUCCUGAAGUGGUGCUAGGAAGUGUGGUGAUCUGCACAUUUUCAGAUGGUUUCUAUAACGGAACUUCAACCCUGACAGCGGUUAUUCAGACGGCGAAAAGUCUUGGUUUUAUGGGGUUUGUGCUUGUUUCAAAUCCAAAAUAUGGAGAUUUCAUAGCUGAGGCUAUUCCCUUCUUAGUUUCAGGCAUAAUGAUCCCUAGAACAAAAGAUGCACAAGUUAUAUCUCGCUACUAUGACCAACAAACUAUCAGAGACAAGAGCGGAUGCGUGAUAAGAUAUGAUGGAAGAGCGUCGAUUGGUGAGGGAAGAACAGCUUCUUACGCAGGAAGAGCACCGAUAAUCAGCAGAUUCUCUGCAAGGGGACCUGAUUAUAAAGAUCGAAACAGGACUGCAGUAGAUGUGCUUAAGCCUGAUAUUUUGGCACCAGGGCAUCAAAUCUGGGGAGCUUGGAAUCCCAUGAGUGUUUCAGAUCCCAUACUUGCUGGACAAAACUUUGCUCUACAAUCUGGUACCAGCAUGGCUACACCUCACAUUGCAGGUAUAGCAGCAAUUCUAAAGCAGAACCAUACUACAUGGACUCCGUCCAUGAUUGCUUCAGCAAUGUCAACAACUGCCACAAAAUAUGACAAUCAAGGAGAUAUAAUUAUGGCCCGUGGAUACGAGAUCGAUAGCUUAUACACAGCAGCUCCAUUUGGCUUUGGCUCUGGGCAUGUCGAUCCCAGUCGUGCUAUUGAUCCAGGACUAGUUUUCCCAGCUGGAUACGGAGAUUAUGUCAGCUUCUUGUGUUCGCUUCCAAACGUGGAUCCCUCAUCGAUUCAUGCAGUGACAGGAGGAUCAUGCACUCCCUCAUUUGGAAGUCCGGCUGACCUGAACGUGCCUUCGGUGACCAUAACAGCGCUAACCGGAUCAAGAACGAUUCGCAGGAGAAUGAUGAAUGUGGGAAGCAAGGCAGAGACCUAUGUAUGUGCAGGGCUGCCUCCACGUGGAGUGGCAAUCGAUAUACAUCCACAGUCGUUUAGAGUGGCUGCCGCCGGAGGAAUUCAAGUUCUGGAUAUAAAACUUACUGUUACGGAAGCAAUUAAUGACUUCAGCUUUGGUGAACUUGUUUUUACAGGAAGCCUCAAUCACAUUGUAAGAUUGCCAAUAUCAGUCUUUCCUGUUUCAUUGUCUUGA